GGAGCCCGGCGGGGGUGGGGAGGAGGGCAAGAUGGCGGUCAGUGCGUGAUCCUCCCUGGGCGCCUUCAGGGUCGGGGAGACGCCGGGGCGGGGGUCCCGCUCGUCCUGCCGCCUGGCCUCCCCUCCCCCGCCCCCGGAGGCCUCCUCCGUUCCUUCCUCCACCUCGGGGGCCGGGCCAGCAUCCCCGGGCACCAUGUCAGACUCGGAGGAGGAGAGCCAGGACCGGCAACUGAAAAUCGUCGUGCUGGGGGACGGCACCUCCGGGAAGACCUCCUUAGCGACAUGUUUUGCUCAAGAGACUUUUGGGAAACAGUACAAGCAGACUGUAGGACUGGAUUUCUUUUUGAGAAGGAUUACCUUACCAGGAAAUUUGAAUGUCACUCUUCAAGUUUGGGAUAUAGGAGGGCAGACAAUAGGUGGCAAGAUGUUGGAUAAAUACAUCUAUGGAGCCCAGGGAAUCCUCUUGGUAUAUGAUAUUACAAAUUAUCAAAGCUUUGAGAAUUUAGAAGAUUGGUAUUCUGUGGUGAAGACAGUGAGUGAAGAGUCAGAAACUCAGCCCCUGGUUGCUUUGGUGGGCAAUAAAAUUGACUUGGAGCAUAUGCGAACAGUAAAACCUGAUAAACACUUACGAUUUUGCCAGGAAAAUGGUUUUAGUAGCCACUUCGUUUCAGCCAAGACAGGAGACUCUGUCUUCCUGUGUUUUCAGAAAGUUGCUGCAGAAAUCCUGGGAAUCAAAUUAAACAAAGCAGAAAUAGAACAGUCACAGCGUAUUGUCAGGGCAGAAAUAGUCAAGUACCCGGAAGAAGAUAAUGAACACCCCAGCUCUUCUCAGAGUAGAGUCUGUUCAGUACAGUAGCGCAGAGGGUGGUGAAGGCAGAUAUUGUAAACUACAACCAGGAGCCCAUGUCAAGAACUGUUAACCCACCUCGGAGUUCCAUGUGUGCAGUUCAGUGAACACACACUGUCUUGAUAGUUCUGGCUGUUUUCUUACCCAGGAUUGGGCCCAGGCUGUGUAGGAACAUGUUUUAUCAGUGACCAUUCCUGUAGUCAGCUCACACUCUCCUCCUACUUCGCUUCUUCAUCCUUCAGUUGCCUCACAGGAGCAGGCAACUGCCUGGACUGGAAGGAAUUUGGCUUUAGGACCACACCUUUUGAAAUCUGAAUGGCGAGUUCAUUCUCUGGACUGAGAACUCCUCUUCGCUCCAGAAGAGCCAUCAUGCUUCUUUACAUCCUCGCUUCUUUUUUCCUAAAUAUAGAAAAGAUUUACCAGAUAUGAAGACGCUCCAAGCUCUGAUCAUCAUUUUCUAUCUGACCUCCUGCGUGUGAAAGUAUACUUCAGAGCACUGAUGGCAAAACAGUUACUGAAGAAGGUGUUCCUUUGCUGGCUGUUAAGAGUAAAAUAUACAAAGCUGUAUUUAACUGAAAGUGCUUCAAAUGAGGCUGUAAUAGAAAUAUUUUUUUUCAUUUUUAAAAUGUUUAUAUUGUAGUUUAUAACUCACAAGUAGUGAGUAUUUGAUAUUGUAUUUUUAUUACUGUAUCAUGGUCAUUGCAUAUUUUGUCAUAUUUGGCUUAGAUGGCUUUAUGAAUUUUGAUAAACGGUUCAGUUGAUCCUCCACAUGGAUCUCCUGCAGACUGCCUGAGAGUGCUUCCAGAUGAGUCGUGACAUCCUUGGGUCAUUGUGGACUGAUCAAACUGUGCCUGAUGUUCAGAUGUUUUCCUCUCAUAAAUAAAUUUAUUUAAAUUACA